GUUUCCCAAUUCUCCCUUCUCACAAUCUCACACUCUCCAAGAAAGGCCUCUCUUUGCACCGCUUUCGUUAGGGUUUUCAGGAACGUCCGGAUCGCAAUGGCGGAUGAGGAGGUAGUGGUGGCACCUACAUCGGUGGCGAACUCCGAUAAUCACAAACGGAAGCUUGAGGAUUUGGAGCAAUCCGCUCCAGGUGAGUCGGUAUUGAAGGAGGAGGAGGCCGAGCCAGAUUCGGUCAAUAAAGCCGACGAGGAGGAGGAGGUGGAGGGCGGUGAAGGUGAAGAUGAAGCUCAAGCUGAUGGUUCUGAAGCUAAACGACCUCGUCUUGAGGAGAAAACCGAUGAAUUAGGUGCUGAGAAUGGACAUACAGAGGAGAAGAAUGGGGAUGAGUCAAAAGAGGAUGAUACUGAAGAGAAGCCAGAUUGUUUGGAUAAUAAUGAACAGUUGGAUAAUGGCCAAGGAGUGGAGAAUGAUGCUCCGACCACCACCAGUGAACAACCUGCUCCAAUUGAUGAUUUGCAAACAGAGAAACCUCAGACUGACAAUGUUCCAGAAGAACCAUCUAAAGGUGAAGAUCAGGAACCAUCUACUACUGAUAUCCCUCAACAAGGAGAUGCUCCUAAUGAGCAAGAGAAUACAGCAUCAGAGACUCAAACAAUGUCACGGAAAAUGGAGGUCCCUAAUAAUAAGGUUGGUGUACUUAUUGGCAAGGGUGGGGAAACUAUUCGACACCUGCAAUACAAUUCUGGUGCCAAAAUUCAAAUCACACGUGAUGCUGAGUCUGACCCUCGUUCCUCAACUAGGUCUGUUGAACUAAUUGGAACUUUGGAAAAUAUAGAGAAGGCUGAGAGAUUGAUAAAGGAUGUCAUAGCUGAGGCUGAUGCUGGAGGCUCUCCUUCCCUUGUGGCUAAGGGCUUCAACCCUGUGCAAUCUGUUAUUGGAGAUCAAAUUGAGAUGCAAGUUCCAAAUGAGAAGGUUGGUUUAAUUAUUGGAAAAGGUGGAGAAACUAUCAAGAGCCUCCAAACAAGAUCAGGAGCACGCAUUCAGCUGGUGCAACUUCCUGAAGGAGAACAAUCAAAAGAAAGAACCGUGAGAGUGACUGGUGAUAGAAAACAGAUUGAGCGGGCUAGAGAAAUGAUUCAAGAAGUAAUGGAUCAGCAUGUAAGAUCAUCUCCUCUCUCUAUGGGGUAUGGUCAGCAGCAGAACUUUCGCCCACGUGGACCUGUUGCCCCACAGUGGGGACCACAUGGUCCUCAUCCUGGACAGCAUCCGGGGUAUGACUACCGACAGAGAGGACCUUAUCCGUCUCAUAGUCCACAAUACCCUGCCCCAGCAUAUGGUAAUUAUCCUCCACAGCCAGCACCUAGAAGUGGCUUUGGACCAAGUUGGGAGCAAAGGCCACCUAUGCAGGGGCCUCCACCUCAGGCAAAUUACAACUAUGGGCAACCACAUGGACCAGAUUAUGGGCAAUCUCAUCCCUAUCACCAGCCACCUCAUGGACAGAAUUAUGGGCCUGGGUACAACGACAUGAAAUAUUCUAGUCAAAUGCCAACCCAAAAUCAGUAUGGAGGACAAGGGAUGUCUCAGCCGAUGGCAUAUCCUCAAGGCGGUUCACAUCAAGGUUAUAGUGGACAUGAUCAAUAUGGUAAACCUCCAUCGUAUGGUAUGCAUCCACAGGCAUCUCAUGUCCAACAUUACAACCAGCCUAGGGCUAACCAGCCUGGUGAAGUCCCUUACCAGGCCCCCCCUAUGGCUUCAACUCAAGGAUAUGGCAUGAAUAUGCCACCUCAGCAACAGUACCCUUAUGCAGCUACUGGGCCUAUGCAGCAGCAAACUUAUCCCCCAUAUGGUUCUGCACCUGCCAGUGAUGGUUACACCCACCCACAACCACCUGCAACAGCAUCUGGUCCUGUUUAUCCUCAGCAAGGGGCUCAGCCUGUAUCUGGGUAUGGUCAGCCUGUUGUGCAGCAACCCCCUGCAUAUGCUCAAGUUGGGCAACAGCCUGCUGCUUAUGGUUCAUAUCCUUCGCAACCGGCUGACAACAGUGCAGGCUAUGGGUAUCAGGCACCAGCAGAUCCUUCUUAUGCUACCACCCAGUCUACAGCAACUUACAAUGCACAGUCAACAGGUCAGCCAGGUUAUGCUCAACCUGCUCCCACUCAAACUGGCUAUGAUCAAUCCGUUGCUCAGCCAGGUGGUUAUGUAAGUCAACCUACACAAGCCGCAGCGGGUUACGGGAAUAGUGUAUGAUCUCAUUCUGGUUGUCCUAUAAACGAUUCAGGCAUAUGGUGUGCACCAUGCUCUAAUUAUAUCUUAUGGGAGUUGGCCAUGAGAAAUUAGCUGCCUGUGAGUUUAGCUUGCAACUUGGUAUGAACCCCUUGCAUCUGUGUCAAUUAGGAUCUACUCUACUCUGGGAAGGAAUGACACUAAUCUUCUGUUGUAGUUUUCCUUUUACCCUAGUGGCUAGGUUAUUUCCUUCCCAUUUUACUUUGAGUUAGCUUUCAUAAGUCACUAUUGUAAUCCUUACUACAAUUAUGAGGAUAUGUUAACAUUUUGUUUGGACCUGUUUUCUUGCUUUAAUUUUAUAAGCACAUUUUUCAUCAA